UCAACUGUAGUGCUGUUCGUUCAACGAUGCAAAACUACGGGAUGGCCAGUUCCAUAAGAAUAUGCAUUAGAUAAAGAGCAGCAAAAGGCAAUUGUGUUUUUGUUUUCCGUUCGUGAUUUGCUCGGCUGCUGCUGUUAUCGCUGCUUUUCGCUACACGUUCAUUUCGUGCGAUUCUGCAGUGCAGAAGUGUGCCACACGGUCAGGCGGAUUUGUUUUCGUCCUACGUUUGCUCGGUCAUUUGUAUGCAGUGCAGUUCCGUUCAGUCCAGGUCUUCAGGCGCAACGACAAAAACCUCCAGAUGCUGGUUUCCGUGUGAUAGCCACGGUUCCGUCAAAAAGGUUACCAGCAAUCGUUCCGAAACCGUGCAAGUAGUGCGUCAUAGGCGAAAAGCACAACCCAGUGGCCAAACCCUUGAUGCACGGUGGAAAAAUGAAAUAGCGGACGAGGAAUAGUUUUAGUACAAGGCCUCCGAAAGAGUCCCCCCGUGGAAGAGAAGAUGCGCAGGUUGUGUACGGUGGAAAAAGUGUACACGUUUAUAUGCGCGUGUUAACGUCCCUGGGAGUGUUCCCGGUGAAACACUAGAUCCGGUUGCUGCAGUGUUGGGAGUAAGCAGUACAGUUCGCCUCCCCCAUCGGGUGAAAGCAAUCAGGACAUUAACCCGAAAGGUGGAACAGUGGAAGAUAUCCAGUUAACCGAAGCAGUUCCUUCAUUCUCAUCGAACGUUGAGUGCAGUGUGUGCCAUCCGUCGUAACUCUUCUUUUUAGGUGCAGUUCCGUCGUUCGCUUCAAAGGCACCCAAGGCCUCCGAUUUCUCCGACGCUAAGUCGCAUAGUCGCAUAGCCUGGAUGUGGCAAGGAUCAACACCAGCGGUUCUGUGUUCCGUUUCUGUUUGCUUUCCGAGGUCGGAAAAAAUAUCCGAUUGCUGCAUUACCGCCGGUCCAACAAAUGGCACUAUAUGAGCAAAUUGAAACCACGACAAAGGUUACCCUAGACGACACCGAGUCCUGCUGCUGCACGAUCGAAACAGCACAAAACAUCAACGGGCAUACGGAGUAUGUGCUGCGAGUACAGCGCGGACCGUGCCCGGAAAACAGCUGGCGCAUUCUCCGGCGCUACAAUGAUUUUGCUUCGCUCAACAAGUGUUUGCAAAUUUCAGGGAUCGAUUUAUCAUUCCCCGGCAAGAAGCUAAUUGGUAAUAUGCGCCCAGAUUUCAUAGCUGAACGGUUGAACGCAUUACAGGAGUAUAUAAAUCAGGUACUAAUGAAUCCCAUUUUGGCAUCAUCGUUACCAACCAAAAAGUUCAUCGAUCCGGACAGUUACUCGACGCCGUUUCAUGAUUUGGCCCUGCAGUAUGCGUCGAUGAGCUUGCGCACCGAUGGCGUGUACACGCUGGGACAGUCGCUCGGUCCGAUCGGGUGGCGUUUGCGAAAGCAUUACUUCAAGGUGGUACACAAACCGCAGGGAAACAAGCAUUCGCCGGGUCAUUCGACGACCAAGCACCAUCUGAUCAAAUCGAGCUCGCAGUCGCAUGGGAAGCAACACACGACGCAGGUUUGCGUGACUACCUCGACCGAGAAGGACUACAACAGCAGCACAAGGGACCACAGCGGACGCGACGAUCUUAUCCUGAGCUGGACAGAGUUCGGCCCCGAUCGGUACAUUGACGAGAAGGAUAUCCACACGGUGCUGAAAAAUUUUGGCGGUGUGCAGCAUCCGUAUAUUGUACCGAUCGAGCACAUUGCUUCGAACGAUAGCGGCGCACUAGUGAUACGAAAGUUCUACAAGCAGGGCAGUCUGAAGGAUGUGCUCUGCUCUGCCAGCCCGUGCAAUCCGUUCCUAUCGAAGUACGGCAGCCCGAAAGGGCGAACACCGCUGCCGUUGAAAGAUUUAGCAUUGUAUGCGCGGCAGAUACUGGAAGCGAUUCGAUUCCUUCACUCGAAAGGUAUGGCGUGCGGGCAUGUGCACUGUGGCAACGUAAUCGUGGUCGAUGGUAUUGCGAAGCUGAUGGAUGUGGAGAAUUUUAUCUUUGGCGUCCCUUCCUUCUAUCGGCCAUUCUUCGUGCAGCACAGUAAGAUAAACACGUGCGAAGCGAUUGAUGUGUACGGAUUCGGUCAUCUGCUGUACGAGAUGUGCAUGGGUUAUCCGUUGCAGGACUCUUACGCACGUCAGAUAAGCGACUGUCCGGAUAGUUUAAAAUCUUUAUUGGAAUCGAUCCUGUCGAAAGAUGCCUGUAAGUCGUCGCUUCCUACGCUUGAUCAGCUGACAACGCACCCAUUCUUCGGCGAGUAUGCUGGCCAUUUUAACGAUUUGUACGCGACAACCAUGGCUGUUCAGAAGCCACAUCUAAAGUUCUCUACCAACGCCAAAGAGCAGCUAAAGCUGGCAGUUCAAAAGACUGAGAAUCGUGUCCGUGAGGAACAGCGCUCCGUGAAGAACCAGAAGCGUUUGGUUAGGGUGCAAGAGAUGAUGACGUCCGAGGAGGAGAAGAAAAAAAUUAAACAGAAAGCUAAACAUGAGCAGAAACAGGCAAAGCUGCGUGCACAAAACUCUCUGCAACUAAAUAACGGUCCGCCAACAACGGCAUCGUCCGGUAUGACCGCCACGGUGCAUCUAUCGAGCUCGACCGGUGGGAUCGUGAAAUCUGACAGCGCAAACAGCAUUACCUCACCGCAGGAAGCACUGAUGUCACCACCGCCGCAUGCAACGGACAGCGGCGGCAGUUGUUCCCCGCAGCCACCCCCAUCGGCACCACCGAUUCCGGGCCCUCCCUCGUCCUUGCCGCUGUUUCCACCCGAUGCCGGCAGUUCCAGCGGGCCAGGUAAGCUUGCGAAGUCAAUUUCCGGCGACGACUCUACCGGUGGUAGCGGUAACCGAAGCGCACUGCUACAAUCGAUUUGUAAUUUUAACAAAAGCGGAUUGAAAAAGAUUUCUCCCAGCGAGGCCGGAAAAUAAAGCCGAGAUGAAUAAUGCAUUGCUGCCGCUAUGGCAUGUCCGUCGCAAUCGAUAGUCCGUUGAUUCUACUGCAUUCUCACUAAAGGAAAAGGCUGUUGUUUAGCAAAACAAGCGACAUACACUAGCAUCUAAGCAUUCUUUUCAACACUGAAUUGUUGUCCUGUUUCCAUGUUUUGUGGUGCAGGAAGCUGUACCAUUGAUUGAGGAAAUAAGAGAAAACCGAUCUUCGCACCUGAACAGUUUGCCUGAACAGCACUGCAACUAAGCGAACGCAUCUAACGCUACAUCAUUGAAUCAAACCAGUGAACGGAUUUCGUAGCACACAGAAUGAGCACGAUUUUUGGACCAAUUUUUCAUAACAUUAGUAGCAAAAUCAAAUCCAGAACAAACAUAAAUAAAAUAUAACAUACUUAACAAAAGAUAGAGCGAACGUAAGUGAGGAAACAAAGAAAAAGUAAAUCAUAAACUGACCUGACCGAUGAGAUAAACCAUGUAGCCAAAGUAUAGAUGAUAUGACAAGGAAACGAAAGUAGACUAGAAAUGCGUUGUAGAGAAAUAAGGGAAAAGAAAAGCGAA